AUGGAGGUCGCGGCAUGCAUUUUUAUCUUCUAUUUCGUCUCUUGCUUCUCUGGAUGGGCCCAGUCGGCCUCUACGGUUACCAUCUUGAUCGCUGUACCACCCAAUAGUGUGACGCCGUUUCACCAACUAGGAAACAAGAUGGACUACUUGCAGUCUCAGGGAGCUGGAGUCCUAUAA